UAUCAUGAGUCCUUGAAAUAGAUUAUUGAUCAAAAUUGCGUUUUGUCUAAACACCUUACAAAAUAAUGAUUUUUUUUAUUAAGAUUAGAUUUAAAUAAAAAAGUAAGAAUGGCUAGAUUUCUGAUUUUGAAGAUGUUGUGCGUUAUUCACUCAAAUGCUAAAAUGAACUUUGAAUUAGUUUCAUUUUUUGAUAAUAUUAUUUUUAAAUCAAUAAGAACUUUUGUUUUAAUAUAAAUGUAAGGCUCAAUAAAGAAAUGGAACAAGAGAAAUAUGUCACUAUUGUACCUGUGGAGUAUCCUCGACAUAAACAACAGUUUAUACGACCACCUGAUGAGUAUAGUGAUUUUCCUCAAAAACGAAACUGGCCUCACUCAAGAACAGUUAAAACUGAGUCCGAUACUAAUUGCAGGAAAGAUUUGAAAAGAACUUUUGAACAUAAAAAGUUACAUAUUCAACCACAGAAUGAAUUAAUUCCAAUGUGCUCAAAAAAAUUGUUGAGUGCUCCUCCAGGAUUUCAGUCUGAUUCUAAAUCUUUGAAAAAACCAAUGGGUGUUUAUGUAUACACUAUGGCUGACAUUGUUUUACAUUUGGAUUUAGAAGAUGCCAAUUCAACAACUAUAUCAGAUCUUGUUGAUAUAAUACUACUACAUAAAAAUCUGGGUUUGUCAAAAGUAGCUAAAAAUGUUUUUACUAUUUGGAUGAAAUCAAAUGUUUUAGAAAUACAAUUAAAACCAUAUCACAAAUUGUUGGAAAUUUAUGAAAAAUGGCCUAUAUUAGAAGAAAAAUAUUGCAAUGAGCCUAAUAAAAUAGCUGUAGAGCCAAUCUUAUGUUUUCAAAGAAAUGUAUUUUUUCCUAGGAAAGAAGAAGAAAAAAUCAAAGAUUCAAAGAUUAUUGAGUUACUAUUUCAUGAGGCAAAGUAUAAUGUUUUACAAGGCCGAUAUCCUGUUGAAAUUAAUCAUUGUUUGAUGCUAGCAAGUAUUCAAUGUAGAAUAGAGUUAGGAUCAAAUAAUUUACAACAAUAUACAUCAAGUUUUUUCAAAGACAACAAAGAAAGAUUUUUACCAUCACAUUUAUAUAGAACAUGGUCAUCAUGGUUUAGUUUAGAUAGAAAAAAUACACCUCAUUCUAGGCUUGCUGAACAUUUAAAACGUCUACAAAUUACUGGAUCAGAUCGUAAACUAUUUCAUAAAUAUUUAGAAUGUUGUUACAUGCUUCCAUUUUAUGGAUGUGCAUUUUUUCGUGGUCAAAUUGAACAACCAGUAAGAGGUUUAUUGUCUUUAAUAAAUCAUAAAGAUGUUCCAGUAUAUAUUGCUAUUAACACAGAUGGUGUUUACAUCUUGGAUAUUGUGGAAAAUUGUUUAUUGUUGGGCUUAAAAUAUCAAGACUUCUCUUGGGAAUUCGCUAAACCAUCUCAAGAAAAUAAUGAGCAUUGCUUGCCUUGUAUAUUUUUGCAAUUUUUAAUUCUUGAAAAUGGAGCAAGGGUUUCAAAAAUUUUACAAGUGUUUUCUAAACAAGCUGUUAUGAUGGAUGCUUUAAUUACAUGUUUUGUGGAAGAUUUUAGGCAUAAACUAGCAAUAAAUGAGUAUGAUGAUGUUGAUAGAACUGGUGGAUUUGAACACAUAUCUGUAGGCGAUGGUUCUCAAAUACCUUUAGCUCAUUUGUAUCGCAGUGAACCACAAUCAAGAUUGUGCAAUAAACUUAAUAAGUUGACAUUAGCUACAUUUGAUGAAGAUGGUCAUUGUAUAGGACAAAUGGGUUCAUGGUCAUUCAGCUAUUAAUUUAAAAAAAUGAUCUCAAUUAAACUUAAUAGUUUACUAAUGUAUAAUUAACAAAUUUACAUUAUUUUAUUAUCUAAUUAAUAAUUACUAUAAGUAUUUUUAAAAUACUAUAAAACAAAAUUCAUUUUUUACAAAAAUAACUCAUUUAAUAGUAGCAUUGUGAUUAAAGAAAUGUGCAGAUUUUCAUUUAUAUUAUUAAGCAUAAAAAAAUUUCUUGUACAGUAAAUUAUUUGAUUCAAAUUCAAAUUUAUAUGAUUGUAAUGAUAUUUUAGAAUCUAUAAUUAAUUAUUUCCAUAAUUUUAUUGAAAAAUGUUAAACAAUCAUGUUUUUGGGCUUGUACUUUAAGCCUAUAAUGAUAUAAUUUUUCUAUAUAAUCAUUAUAAAAUCAUAGCUAUCGUCUCUAAAGGAUAUUAAAAAAUUACCUUUUUACUUAGGUUUGAAACAUAAGACUAUUUGGUGGUUAUAAAGUUAAAAUGGAGUUCCUGUGAAUCUUCAUUUUAACUUGACAUAUUAAUAGGAUAUUAUAUUAGUUCAAUCAUAUUGUAUUAUUUUCAUACAAAUUAAAUGCUAGUUUUUUGUUCAUAUUAAAAACAAAAUAUUAAUAUAUCAAUUGUUUAAAUACAUAAUUAAUUAAUAAUUAAUAUGAAUUGCUGAUAAAUAUUAUCAAGUAUUUUAACUCCCAUUUGAGAAAGUAAGAAGUUUGAAAUUUUCUAAGUUAAAAGAAUAAUUGAUAAUCUAUUUAAAAGUGAUAAGUCACUAUCUAUAUUUUUUUAAAGGAAGUUAUGCUAUGAUAUUAACUUGUUUUAUUCCUACAGUUAU